AUGUCGCAGCCUCCCGGACAGCCUCGCCUUUCACCCCAGUUCUGCUUCUCCUUUGGCACGCUUCGUGAUUUCCUGCGGCUGUCUCGAUCAUCAAUAGACGACUCCAUCACUCAGAAUCUCAAUGCUCUGGUAACACCGGCUCGGACGGGUUUCGACCCUAGCUCAACUUCAAAACGUGCCCCGCGAUCAUUUGCUGAGCCGAUCGACCCUGAAGCAUGCCAGUCGUUCAAGGAGAAGGUCUUGUUUCCUUCGUGGAAGGCUAGAGCCGAAGUGCUCAGCUAUUGCGGGAUCGUUGCCACCAGCCCGGACCCCGAUGACCCCGAGGCUACCAUUUUAGAACUGGAAAAGCAGAGAGACCGCGAGCGGAUUGUUGACGAAAGGCUGGAUCCGUAUUCAGGACGAUUCUUCCCCCGAGAAGCUCGCACCCAGUCCCUUGCCAUCCUAAUGCGACAGGAACGAGCCGUAGAGAAUAUUGUCCGCAGCAGGACUUGGGAUGUCAUACAGGGAAGAUGCGGUACCUCUAGCCAGAGCUGGCAAGAUGCCAUGAGCAAUUGGGAGGCUGCACAGAAGCUCAGCAAAGGUGAUGGCAACCCGGCUUCAUCAUGA